GGCACACAGGUGGACCGGGAAGGCGGAGCUUGGAAGAGCCGGGAGGCGGGGCUGAAAGUUCCUUAACCCUGGGAGUGGAAGAAGCAGGAUGCAUUUGGGGCAGGAGGCAGAAACUCUGAUCAUUUACCACAUUGGCAGGAACCAGAAUUCUCCUGUACCUUGUUCGUCUUCACAGGGAGUCUCAGCAUGAGGCAGCAGCACUGGCUUGGCAUGACUGCCAAGAUGGGCACCGUGCUCUCGGGGGUCUUUACCAUCAUGGCCACCAACAUGUGCCUCAUCUUCGAACACAGGUACUUAAGGAAUAAUUGCACUGAUAAUAGCCUCCAGAACAAUAGUGCGAGUGUCCUGAUAAGCCACUUCAUCAUCUGCUGGGCUUUCAAUAUUGUCUUCUUCCUGUCUUUCAUUACCCUCAUCAUCAGCUGCUUCCUCCUGUACUCAGUAUAUGCCCAGAUAUACAGGGGCUUGGUGACCUACAUGAUCUGGAUCUCUUUCUACGAAGCUGUAAACAUUACAGUACAAAUCUUUACCAACAACGCCUCUGUCAUUGAAGAGGUCAGAGUCGUGCGUUGGUUUGGCUUGAUGUCUCGUAUUUUCAUGCACUGUUUCUGGAUAUUCUAUGUCAUCUCCUAUGCCCACAUAAUCUAUAAAAGUCAAACCGGCAAUAUAAUUUCCUACAACAGGCAUAUUUCAACAAGCAAUGGAGAGUUCCUACGACAGAAAUCCAAGAUCAUCAUCAACCUUACCUGACACCAGAGUGGAUAAUGCCCGUCUCUCCACUGAUGGUAAUUCUAGUUCCAACUCUCUCGCUUUUGCUGAUCUGUUCAGAAUAGAGACCCUUCUGCCAUCUUCUUGGGAGAAUACGGAGAUAAAUGUCAUUAUAAUCCCAGUGGGAACCACCUGCUCAUGAAGGGCGUUUAGCAAAAGGCCAGUGUUAUUUACUGAGUGCUUCUUGGGUUCCUCCUUCGUCUCCUGGUCAGUGCCACCUUAGAGGUCAAAUUAAGAGGGCAAGGGAAUGAAAUGAAGCCGAGUUGCAGUCUGGCAAUCCUUUCACUUUGGUAUAUGCCUUCAUCAGCCUUCAACCCACACCUCUCUAAUUCAACCCUGGGACACGGGCAUGUCUGUAUUUAUACCUCAAGUAGCUGCAGCAUAAGGGAGACUGGCGGUGUCUUGGGGUAGCUUUGUGCCAUGGUCUUUCCCCCUCUGUCUUCUGUCCUAUAUUCCAGAUAAAUAAAAGAAUAAAAGUAGAGAAAA